AUAUUGGUAUUUUUAGUGCAGAAAAAAAUUUAAAAUUACUUAUAGCCUAGGCAUUGCUAAAUGUUCUAAUAUUGGACAUACAAGCCUGAAAGUUAACAUCUGGUUUAGCAAAACUGCAGUUAUUGAUUAGGAAAAAUGAAUUCGCCAUACAACAAUGCACCACCGCCACCUGCUCAGCCAGCAUCUUUGAAUAACAACCUUGGAAAAGGAAGGGGAACAAGAAAGAAGCGUAAACAACAAGAUGCUAGUGGGUCAUCUACUAACAAAAGAAGUAGAACUGAAAUUCCUUACAGUCAGAGAUUACCGGCUCAUGGCUUUCCUCUCGAACAUCCUUAUAACAAAGAUGGUUAUCGUUACAUUCUUGCUGAACCGGAUCCACAUAUUCCAGACAAUGAUCCAGAGCCUGAUAUACCUGGUAAACCUAUCCCUGGAAAAUUGUAUCGAAGGUGGCUGCAUGAAAAGGUGCUGCUAUCUUUACAUGAUAGAGCACCACAGCUAAAAGUCAGUGAUGAUCGUUUGUCAGUGACUGGGGAAAAAGGAUAUAGUAUGAUUCGUGCUAGUCAUUAUGUUAAAAGUGGCUCAUGGUUCUAUGAAGUUACUGUUCAAGACAUGCCUGAAAACACUCAUGUUCGCCUUGGUUGGUCGCAAAAAUUGGGAAAUCUUCAAGCACCUCUCGGCUAUGAUAAGUUUGGUUACUCAUGGAGAAGUCGGAAAGGUACAAGGUUUCAUCAAAGUUCAGGGAAGCAUUAUAGUGAUAAAGGUUAUGGUGCUGGCGAUGUGCUAGGCUUCUUCAUACAUCUACCCGAGACAACAAAAACUGCCCGAUGUUUGCCGAACACGCAUAAAGAAAAUGCAUUGAUCAAAUUUAAAAGUUUCUUUUACUUUGAAGAAAAGGAUGAAGUUGAAAAAACAGUGAAAUCACUGCAACACUUAAAAGGGGCCUUUAUCGAAUUUUACAAAAAUGGAGUUUCUCAGGGCUCAGCAUGGAGGGACGAAGUAUAUGAAGGAGCAUAUUAUCCCUGUAUUUCAAUAUACAAAAACUGUACAGUCUCUGUUAACUUUGGACCAAAGUUCAAACACCCACCCAAAAGUGCUCACAAGCCAGUUUCUGCAAGAGCAGCCGAUUUCGUCACGGAAUGCUGCAUAUCUGACCUUUUGUAUGCAGUCGGUUUGGAAGUUGAUGGAGAGGGGUCAUGACUUGUGAAAUCGUAAUUUUUUUAAAAUGCUGCUCUUGGUUUUCGGGAAUGGCACAUUUGGAAUAGAGUGGAAAGUAAGCUUGUCUGGGCUGGAAGUAGUGCAAGAAUCGAGCCGGACAAUUCUCCCCCAGUUGGAUGAAAACAUUAUUUUAAAAAUUAAUGAUUACACAAUAUGAAACAUCUUGGCAUAGACCGAUUUUGUUUAAUAAAAUUCCAUAAAAUAAUUGUGAAAAUCUAUUAAAUAUUGUCCAAAUACAGAAGCGCCUGUUGCAAUCA